GAUAACACCAAAUUCUGGAAUUAGAGUGAAGAGGCAGAAUUAUCAGUUGAAAAAUAUCAGAGAUUCAGAGAGAGAAAUCAGAUCAUCGAUGAUGAAGCUCAGCUCCGCGCUAAGCGCUGCUUCAAUCCUACUGUUUUUGGCAUUCUUCACAUUAGGCUCGGCGAAGAAAUCUGCGGAUGUGACGGAGCUGCAGAUCGGUGUGAAGUACAAGCCUAAGGUUUGUGAAGUUCAGGCUCACAAAGGCGACAGUGUUAAAGUACACUACAGGGGAAAGCUGACUGAUGGAACAGUUUUCGAUUCCAGUUUUGAACGAGGGGAUCCAAUUGAAUUCGAACUUGGCAGUGGCCAAGUUAUCAAAGGAUGGGAUCAAGGGCUACUGGGGAUGUGCUUGGGUGAGAAAAGAAAGUUGAAAAUUCCUUCCAAACUCGGUUAUGGCGAGCAGGGAUCCCCACCUACCAUCCCAGGUGGUGCCACACUCAUUUUUGAUACUGAGCUGAUGGGGGUGAAUGGAAAAACGUUGAGCGGUGGAGACUCGAACACGAAGGUCGAUUCUGAUGCCGACGCUGACGAACUGUAGAUCCCGAGAUUGUAGGUUUCGAUGUUCGAGUUUAUUCUAUUAUAAAACACUGCACGUUUGUUUCAAGAAUGAGUAGGUACUUUUCCUCUUCGUAGGAAAUUGCUUUAGAAUCUGCUAUUUAUUGGAGUUAAUCUUCAAGAUUGGUAGUUAGUUUUUAUUUUCUAGUUAUAUAUAGAGAAGAAAGCUCUUCCGGUAAAAUCUUGAUGGAAUAUGCUGUUAUCGGGUUUAUGUUUCACCCUUCGGUAUUUGGGUUCACUUUCAUUGUUCGUCUUCCAUUUAUUAUCGGAUACCGGGUUCACUUUCA